UGGAAAACAUCGAAACACCAACUCUACAACUACCUACAUAUUGAUAUACUAGUUUGUUGCAUUACGAAUUUGUUGUUUGUUUCAUCCAUGGCUUCCUCUGCUUCUGGAUCGGCUAUUAUGGCAGCGGGAAUCACAAUGACUGACACCGGCGGCCACAAAAUCUGUCAUUUCCGGCAACCUUUUUUGUCUAAUACACUCCACCCCAUAAACUACUCCAACUUGCAAUGCAGAUCAAACAACAAAAAUCCAUUUUCCUCUGUUGUAAAAGCACAAGCUGUCACAGUUGAACAAGCAGCUGCUCAAGUUGCUCCUAAAACUGAGGCUCCUGUUGUUAUUGUUACUGGAGCUUCCAGAGGUAUUGGUAAAGCUAUUUCAUUGACUCUUGGGAAAGCUGGAUGUAAGGUUCUUGUUAAUUAUGCAAGGUCAUCCAAGGAGGCUGAAGAAGUUUGCAAAGAGAUUGAGGCAUGUGGUGGCCAGGCUCUUAGUUUUGGUGGAGAUGUUUCCAAAGAAGCAGAUGUGGAAGCUAUGAUAAAAACUGCAGUUGAUGCUUGGGGAACUGUAGAUGUUUUAAUAAAUAAUGCAGGUAUUACAAGAGAUGGUUUAUUAAUGAGAAUGACUACUAAACAGUGGCAGGAGGUUAUUGAUCUAAAUCUAACUGGUGUAUAUCUCUGUACACAGGCGGCAGCCAAGAUUAUGAUGAAGAAGAAAAAGGGUAAGAUAAUCAAUAUAGCAUCAGUAGUUGGCCUUGUUGGCAAUUUUGGGCAAGCUAACUAUAGUGCAGCAAAGGCUGGUGUUAUUGGUCUGACUAAAACUGUGGCCAAGGAAUAUGCAAGUAGAAAUAUUAAUGUGAAUGCUGUUGCCCCUGGGUUCAUUGCAUCCGAUAUGACUGCUAAGCUAGGGGAUGACAUCGAGAAAAAGAUUUUGGGCCAAAUCCCAUUAGGAAGGUAUGGUCAACCAGAAGAAGUUGCUGGAGUUGUGGAAUUCUUGGCCAUUAAUCCAGCAUCAAAUUACAUCACUGGCCAGGUUUUAACUAUUGAUGGGGGUAUGGUGAUGUAAGAGGUUUUGGAAAAUUACAACCUUUUGAUUCCUCUUCAGCCAAAUGAAUGAUUGAUACAGU